GGGGGGGGGGGGGGGGGGCUUACGGAGGCAGGGUUGGUUUCGGACGCGGGGCGACGGCGGGAUCUCCGGCCGCGUUGCUUGGCUACCAUCUUCCUUCUCCGGGUGGCGCGGUGCUCUGCAGCGGCGUCGGUGCCGCCGUCGACGUCGUUGGAGAGAGCGCAGGAGGAGGAUCCGCUGGCGGAAACGGGCGCCAGUCGUAGCUUGCUCGCCCCGUCCAUGGAAGGUAGAAGGCGUGCCAAGUAAUUGAGCAAUCUGUGGCGAAUCUUGUGGGGGAAAUUGGAAAGGGAGAAGCGGCAGAGGGGCAGAGAAAACGAGAGGGGGAGCGAGGUGGGUGAGGAAGUUAAUGCGAAGGGCAUAGGGGGGAGGAGAAAGAGGAGGAGGAGAAGAGAAUGGGGAAAGAAAAAGAAAGAAAGCGGAGGUGGGGGUUGGGGAACAGGUUCGUGAGUGGUGGACUCUUGUGAGGAAGGACAGCCAAGUGUUGCGAGGGCUCUGACCUCGCUGCACCGGGAAUCAAUCAAUCAAUGCGCUCACCACCAUCUCUUUACACUCGGCGUCCACUGCCUCUUCCCUUCCCGGCUUCCGUCAAUGGCCGGAGGAGAGAGAAGAUCAAUUAACAGACUUAAAAAAAAGCAAUAAACCAACUCGUCGCGUCGUUACUGGGCUGCUACAGCUGAUUUCUAUGGGCUUGUGUCCGCCUUUCUGUAAGGUUUCAGCCAAUGUGAAGGUGAACCUUCGAGUACAAAAUCCACUUGAAAGGAACUAAAGAUUUACAUGCUAAAGAUCAUGAAAGAAGUGCUAAUGUGGGAUGGUAAAGGGCUUCUGUUUCUGUUGAUUUAUGCACAUGGGAAGUUCAUGUUUGUCUUACUAAUUCAAGGAAGCAACCUGAAGGUGAUUCUUAGAUGUUCUUCACAGUUCUUGGUUCUCCAGUGAAAUUAUUCACGUGGAAGAUGCCUAUAAAAUUGCAACGCUAAUUUCCAGCCACAAGCCAUAUAUCAUGGAAGGUGCCAACCAUUGUUAUACUGAAACAACAGGGAGGGCUGCAUCUGUUCAGUGGAAGGCAAGACGGACACUCGAUCGAAGAUUCGAAGGCCCGUAGCGAGUCUCCGAGUUCCGAGCCGAGGCAAUCAAUCCUCCUUGCUCCAGUCAUGGCCAUGGCAGCGUCCUCCUUCUUCGUCUUUCCCCUCGAUGUGCGCCGGAACAAGCUUCUUUCCUUCCCAAGCCCUAGCCUCACAAGGACUGUAACGAACUACAACAAGCGGCAGCCGAUGGGAAGGAGGCGGCCGCCGCCGAUCUCCGCCUCCUCCUCCUCCUCCUCCUCGUUCCGCAAUGGAACCCCACCGGAGACGGACUGCCCCGUUCCGUUCGAUCAGCUGCCGGUGAACGAGUACCAGGCCCUCUCCACAUCCUUCCCCUUCUCCUGGGCUGCCGCCGAUCUCCGCCUCUACUCCUCCCGCCUCGCCGUCACCGGAGGCCUAUUCGCUCUCCUCGUCGGCCUACCCGUCUCCGCCUUCGGUACCCGCAGCCUGUCCGAUCCGCGAUGCGCCCUCGGGGCCGCCUCAGCUGGGCUUCUCGCCGUCACGCUCGCCGUCCUCCGGAUGUACCUCGGAUGGGCGUACGUUGGUAACCGCUUGCUCAGCGCAACCGUCGAGUAUGAGGAGACAGGAUGGUACGAUGGGCAGAUAUGGGUGAAGACGCCUGAAGUUCUAGCUCGUGAUCGUCUUCUGGGUUCAUUUUCUGUGAAACCUGUAUUAAGCAGAGUCAAGCUUACUUUGGUUGGUCUGGCGGUCUCUUUAUUUGUGUGCGCCCUGAUUUUUGUUAACAUCGAGUACCACCCAGCGUCUGCACCUGGAGAUUCUGGGGGACAAGCACGGGCUAUACCUGGGGCAUACAACGAGGAAUCAGCGAGGUCAUUUGAACCAGAUGCAUUCUGUGGUGAAUCUGAUUUGUCACUGACCUUAUGAAUCAUUGAGAAGUAAAAGGAAAAAAAAAUGCACUGACUAAAUUGACCACGCAUGGGCAUAUUCAUUUAUGUACAAAGAGCAAGGAAAAAAUUUCCAUCCCUUAUGUCUUUUAUCAAUGUUUCUAUGUUUUAUAAAAGUGUACAGUGUGUAAAGAUAUUGACAGUUAUACAAAUUCAGGUGAUACCUUAUUAAUUA